GUUCAAGAUACAGGAACCAAAAUGGGCAAUGAGAGAAAAAGAUUUUUAAUUUGUAGAGCUCUUCAAAAUCUAGGACGUCUGGCACAACAAAAGAUCACCACUUCAUUUCACCUUUAAGGAAUGAGUAUCUGCACACAGGAAAGUAUUCUGGUCAACAGUAACGACAGCGCCUCGAGCUACAUCCAGAUGAAAAGCAUGAAGCUUCUCAACAUGGUGCUCCUCGUCUCCGUGCCCUCCGUAUUCAUCGUCUUUGGCACCGUGGGCAACCUGGUCAACCUGACGGUCCUGUUCCGCAGGGCCUUCUCCAAGAAGAUCACCUGCACGGCCAUCACGCUGCGCUUCCUGGCCUACGUGGACCUUGCGGUCCUAUGGACCUCGGUCAGCAGGCUGUUUAUCAUGGGCCUCUACGACUUUGACUUCAGGUCGACGUCACUUAACGUCUGUAGAACACAUAAAUUCUGGCACUUCUUCUCUUUGACCGUUUCGAACUGGACGAUAGUGCUCCUGGCCUUCACCCGUUACAUCCGAAUGACCUACCCAUUUCGAGUCCACAUUAUGUUCUCACAGUGCCGGAUCUACCUCGCCCUGACCGUCAUCUUCCUGCUGGCGGCCUCAACUUGUUUGGUCUACUACAAGAACUACACCGAGUAAUGUUCUGAUUGCCCUGUGUGUCUCAUUGUGCAUG